CACUGAGAAUCUCGAUAUUCCCGUGGUAAAGAAGUGUGAUGUAUCAGGACGGGAUGCACAGUUACCCCUCACGUGCUCCUCUUCCUCCUCCCAGUGCUCGGGCUGUCCUGCCCUGCAGAUGACAGCCUGCGUCCGGAAACACUUCAGGAGGGGCGAAGAUGACUUCAAUUGCAAGAGCGGCCGGGGAAUCUUCUUCCCAGCCUGGAAAGCUGAAAGGAGAUGACUUUCAGGCCCUGAAGGAGGAGCUGAACCACGUAAAAGAAAAAGCGGGUUCUUCACUGGAAAGCCUGCAGAAAAUUGAAAAGGAACAGAGCAGAGAAGCUGUAGAGCGGAAGAAUGGAGGCUCAAGGGGAGCAGAGGAGCGCCCCCCUGCGGAAGGAGGAGACCGCUGUGGAGACGGAGACCCCUGCAGCUGCAGAGCGCUGGGGAGGAGCAACUGCUGGGCCACGAAGGUGGGGAAGAUGAGGCUGAGACCAGCUGGAGCUGAUCAAGGGUGUGAAAAAGAGACUGAGAAAGGAGAGGGUGACCGAGGCAGCGCCAAUGGUGAGGAUGGCUCCUGCGCACACGGUGGGGUUUAGAAGUCUUGCUCAUAAUUUUUUCACACAGGAAGUCUGGGCCCCUCUGUCCUCUGCAUGGAUGAAGACCCUUCCAUCCACACAGCUGACAGUGGAGCAGCCUGCUGAGCGCUGUCCUGGCUCUCUUCCUCACCAUGUUCCUGGUUCCCAGGCAGUGGCUCUGUCAGUAUGGCCACUGAUGUACAAGUGCUUUGCGGAUUCUCUGUUUACUGCCUCAUCUCACUUUUAGGGAAGCAACCAAGUGUUUGAUCUGGAUAUUACCAUGACACCCAUGUUGAGGUAAAACAAUGAAGUUUCAUGCAUUGUACUAUUACUUGUUCUAUGCAUGUUAAAAAGCCUUUAUAUCACUAUAUCUACAGGAGGUAUGUGAGUGAAUAUAUAUAUAUAUAUAUAUAUAUAUAU